ACGAGGUCACAGAUACAUAAAAACGAUUUUGUAAGACUUUAAAAAUUAAUUGGUCAUUAAAGUAGGUUUACAUUUCAUAAUAACACUAAUCUCUUUGUUUAUUUAUUAUAAUUUUUUUAUAUUUGCCGUCCAAAGGGGCUUUUAGGCUUAUCCAUAUAUAAUAUUAAUGCGAUUACAAAAUUGAAUUAAAGCAGACAUCACGACAGCAUGUAGUUUUAUAGCUAGGCUGGUUAUUAUCGUGUUACAGUCAAAUUCGGAAUGCACAUCGAUCGGCGAUUGUGUGAAAAACAGGGGAUUUUUUCGUCAAUUUUCAGCGUCAAAAAACGAUAAAAAACUGCAUUCCUGUUCCGUAGGAUGUCAAAUCGCCGGAAAGAGUUUAAAGAAAAAGGUCGAAGCGAUUUUAAAUACUCUGAAAUUGUUAGCAUGACGGACCUAGCAAAUUUUAAGAACGGGAAUUGCCCACAAGGCGAUCAAAAUCAGAACUCUAUAGACAGUAAUAGCGUGUGUACUUUACCAACAACUGUACUAUUAUCAAACAGCGGCACACCAACUACAAAAGCGAUGGAAUACCAAAGCAAAGACGCUCUGGAUUUUGACGUAGCCAGAAUAAAGACUCAAAAAUAUAAAAAACGUGCCCUCAUUUUUGGAGCGAUUGCAGGCAUCAUGACUGUUGCAACUAUUGUACUGGCAAUUCUUCUAGGAGUUGGCGUCGGCCAAUCUGCACCAAAAUCGCCGCCAACAGAGGAGCCGCCACAAGAAAUGUGUACAAGUCAACCAUGCGUGACAGCUGCUUCAAGAAUUCUUAACAGUAUGGACCAAACCACCGAUCCGUGUGAUGAUUUUUUUACGUACGCAUGCGGACAAUGGAAUAUUGAUCACGGCAAUAUACCAGAAGACAAGUCAUCCGUGUCGACGUUUAAUGAUGUCAGAGAUAGCGUUUCGGAAACUUUAAAAAGGGUAUUAGAAACAGACAGCACCGGUGAUAGAUCUUCAAUUCAAAAAGCAAAGACGUUUUAUACAUCAUGCAUGGAUACAGACAAAAUCGACGCAUUCAAAGGAACACCAGCCUUAUCAAUUGCGGACGAAAUGGGCGGGGUUCCGUUGUUCGGAGAUCCACUUCCCGCCGAUUUUAAUCUCGAAGAAGCCCUCGCCAAAUCGAUUUCGAUUUAUGGCUCUUAUGGCAUCGUAUCGAUGUGGGUCGGAUCAGACGACAAAAACUCAAGUGCAACUAUAAUACAGGUCGACCAACCAGCACUUGGAAUGCCAAACCGGGACUACUACCUCGACGAAAAACGGAAUCUCACACUUCCAGGCUAUUCUCAAUUUAUGCGAGACUUCAUGGGCAAAUUAUGGAUGGAAAAGAAUCAAACAACUUAUAAUGAAACGGUUGUUUGGGAAGUUACAGAAAAGAUGAUCGCCCUUGAAACGGAUCUGGCAAGCAUCAUGAUGAAACCAGAGGACCGUCGGGACAGCUCAGCGAUUUAUAAGAAAAGAACAGUUCAAGCCAUGUACGACGAUAUAGCAUCCGAUUUUGAUUGGGAGAAAUACCUCAACACAGCUCUUGAGAUCGUUUCAACAACUGUGGAAAGAUCACGUGACAUGGUAUCCUAUGGCGACCAGUAUCUUAGCAACUUCACAAAGGUUAUUGCGAAAUACGAUAACGAGCUCAUCCAGAACUACAUGGUGUGGAUGGUCCUUAAAGGCAGAGUUUCGUAUCUCGGGAAAGAAUACAGAGAUACACAGGCUCCCUACAGACUCGCGGUGUCCGGUACAUCAGCUGAAAAAGCUCGCUGGCAAACUUGUUCAGACAAUUCAAACAGCAGAUUUCCGAUGCCGGUUGGUGCUUUAUUUGUGCAAGAAAAAUUCGCCGAAGAAAAUAAGCAAGUGACUGAAACUAUGGUUGAAAACAUCCGGACUGCUUUUAUCAACUUCCUACCCGGGAACGAAUGGAUGGACGACGAUACAAAAACACAGGCAGAGAAAAAGGCCAACCAGAUUACUCCAAUAAUUGCUUAUCCUGACUAUAUCUUGGACAAAGAAGAUCCGAAGAUGGAUAAUGAGUACACCGCAGCUAAUGUGGCCACUGACGAAUAUUUCCAGAACAUGCAAAACAUGAUUUACUUCAAAAACGUUGAAAACAUGAAGAAAUUGGACAAAGAUGUCGACAGAGAAGAAUGGAUCACAGGGCCUGCGGUAGUAAACGCGUUUUAUGCUCCAACAAGGAACCAGAUCGUUUUUCCAGCAGGAAUUCUGCAGCCUCCCUUCUACGAUGAGGGCCAACCUAACUCUAUGAAUUACGGUGGGAUUGGAAUGGUCAUCGGACAUGAGAUCACGCACGGAUUUGAUGACAGUGGCUCACAGUACAACGGUAUUGGAAACUUAGAAAACUGGUGGAGCAAUUCGUCCAGAACUAACUUUGAAGGCAAAGCAAAAUGCAUGGAAGAACAAUACUCGGGCUACUACUGGGAAGAUGCCCAACAAAAUUUGAACGGAAAACUAACCCUUGGUGAAAACAUUGCUGAUAAUGGCGGAAUAAGACAAGCUUAUGACGCUUACCAAACAUGGAGACAGCAGAACGAUGCAGAUCUUCUGUUGCCAGGGUUACAAGAAUUCACACAAGACCAAUUGUUCUUUCUCAGUAUGGCGCAGGUUUGGUGUGGUGUGUACAGGCCGGAGUAUGCGACAAGAUUGGCUGCAACGGACUCACAUAGCCCUGGAAUUUAUAGGGUUAUUGGAUCUCUCUCCAACUUCGACAAAUUCGGCGAUGCUUACAGUUGCAGCAAAGGAACAGACAACAUGUAUCCAAAUGAAGAAGAUACUUGUCGAGUUUGGUGAUCGAACCAUGAAUCGUCACUUUUAGAAAAACUGUAAACUUACGAUAAUACGGAUGUCAUAAAAAGUGUUCCCAUUUCCAAAACCGGUUUUUUGUAAUCACUGAAAAAUGCUGGAAAAAUACAUAAAAGUCUACAUGGAAAUAGGCGGCUGCUAUGGCUCAAUUAGUUCCUAUUUUCAAUUAUGGUAUUAGUUAUUUCUGAAAAACGCUGUAAAAUAAGAAAAAAGUACUUUAAAUAAGAUAAAUAGAAGUGUUUUGUCUAUGGCUUUUAAACAUGUUCACUAAUUUUCUACGAAUAAGGUUUUGGUCUAGUAGCCGCAAUCAUCCGAAUGUCAUAAUAAGUGUCCCUAUUCUCAAACUGAAGUCCUAAAAAUUACUGAAAAACGAUGUUAAGAACCAAAAGAGGUUUUAUUUCCUGGAUUUUAGAAUAUUUCCAUUCAUCAAUGACGACCAACGCUUUGACCCACUAUUAUAUGAAUGUCAUACAAAGUGUUCCCAAUCUUGAAUCCGCCACACAUGAACACUUAUCAAGUUCUACACCCAGCCCCGGCAUAAAAGCAAAAUAUAGAACUUUAACAAUUACAAAAACAAGAGCCUUUUAAAUUUUAGUCGUAAAACACCCAGUUCUCUAAACCUAAACCCUUUGCGUUUUUCAGUGAUUAUAAAUGCCCAGGCAUGCCCAUUAUUACUCUUUAACGAAUAUAAAAAAAACGAAAGACAAUGAAAUCUUGAUCGAUUUACAUUUUUUCUAAAAGUGACGAAAUCUUCAUCAAAUCAUUGAUUUGUUUCUAUUGAAACACUGGUGAAUCAAACAAUAAUGACGUCAUAAAUGAAUAAUGAUGUCAUAAUUACUCGUUCCAAAUCAUAUGUUAUUAUGUAAUAGUUCCAUUUAAUUAGAAUUUUUAUAUUACUCAAUAUUGUUUAAUUUUUCUUCAGUUACGCAUGGCCGUCGAAUAUACAUAACCUCAUACAAUUAUAUGUUUCCUUUACAAUAUAGUACAGCAGGGCUUCUCAACUGUUUUACCAAAGAUCUGUAAACAAAACUUCAAAAUUACUUGGGUCUGGUCUUUUUAAAUAUUCUAUUUUGACAUCAGUUAUGACGUUUUCGCAGUCGUGAAGUUUUUCCACGCUAUUCCUCUGCUCAUUUCUAGACAAUUUAUAAUUAUGAAGCAUGCCUCAGUUCAGGGGCAUACCUAGAGGUUUCAACUUUGAAAUUAUCAGUAAUGUCUUAUUUGUCAGUAUUUGCCCCCCUCUCGUGACCGGAAACGGGUAUUAUGACGUCAGGUUUCUAACAUCAUGGUGUUUUAUUACAGCCUUUAGUUUUUCAAGUGUUAUAAAAAUGUAUGAUCAACCCAACGAAACAACUCCAAAUGACGAAAUUCAAGAUAAAUUAUCCAUCAACUCCAGUGUCUCAACAGAAUCCUUUUUCAUUUCCGCUCUGCUCAAUCGCUUCUUUUUCAAACGAAUGCCUCAAAAUUCACGGUAAUUUUUCCAAACAAAGUUUAAUACCCGGCAAUAAACUCUCAAGUUUGGGACUUCCUGUACGGUAUACGUUAAAAUACGUUUUCUUUCAUUUGAUAUGAAUUUCAGCAAUACCGCUAUUAUGAUUGGUCAGGGAUACGUAUUUUUUUUGCUCGAUCCCUUAUUUACCCGUUUUGCAGAUGCAUCAAGAGAACAUUCUUACUGACAUAGCAAAAGAUCUUCUAUAUAUGAUAUCAUGGUGUUUCAAGACAAUUUAAUUUCAAUCUUUUCCCAAUUUUGGUAAAGUUGGCUACCUCGAUACUAACAAUCCACAUUACGUCCGUAUGUUUUAAUGAGCUUCUGGCAUUUUGGUUGCUCGCUUCGUUUAACUGAGUACGCAUGACCUAGCUUUGAACAAACGAGUUGUUCCAUAUGCGAAUUAUCACAAGGUCCCCAAAUUAUUUCCGCCUUUCCCCCCAUCUGUUCCAUUUGGACGAUGUCAUUCGCCAGUCAAUACAGACUCAACCGUUUUUCCCAAAAUGCUUCCCACGGGCGAAUUACGCUCCUCGAAACAAUUUAGUAUGGCCUCCCGGACUUGUGAAACAGUUCAACCCUUUAUGUUUUUGCGUUCUAGAUACUGCCGGUUGUUACGUCAUUAUCAUAGUUCUAGCCCGUGUAUAUAACGUAACAAUUCAAUUAUAACGGUAUCUUAUUAUCGGUACCGGUAUCAGCUCCUUGCAGGCGCUCCCCUUUCCCGUCCUCGAAUGUUCUUCUGCUUCUAAUUUGUCCCGGUAAAUCCACUUUUGGAAACCACUGCCAAUCUAGUCGCGGCGACUCCAUUUGUAUGACAAACCAACCAUGUGAUUCGGUUUUGUUUUAAUUUUUCGAUUUUAAUUUCAUAUUUUUGAUUUUUGUGUGAUAUUAAUUUUAUAAAAUACUAUUAUAGAUAUACAGAA